CCUGCGCAGACGGCGGCGUCCGUCCAUCACCAUGGCAGCAUUCGCUGGGGGCCCCGGGUCCUGGAGUGAAAACAUACUGGAUUAUUUUCUCAGAAGCAGUCAGAUCAGGACAGAAGAUGGCGCUGAGAUCGUCUGGUAUCACGCAGCAAACCACAAGUCCCAGAUGCACGAGGCAUUGAGGAGUGCUGCCCACAUGAUAGAGGCUGAUGUCCUUCUUCCUAGUGAUGGAUCAGAGCAUGGCCAGCCAAUCAUGGCCCACCCUCCUGAGACAAACAGUGAUAACACUCUGCAGGAGUGGCUGGCUGAGGUCAUGAAGAGCAACAAGGGCAUCAAGUUGGAUUUCAAGAGUCUGGCAGCCGUCAGAGCAUCCAUGCUGUUCCUGCAGAAUGUGAGGCAGCACCUGCAGCGUCCUGUGUGGAUGAACGCUGACAUCCUUCCUGGGCCAAACGGAAGCAGCAAGGUCGUGGAUGCCAGAGCCUUCCUGGACACUGUGACAUCCUUCUUUCCAGAUGUGACCUUUUCCCUGGGUUGGACAACAGGAUGGCAUCCAGAGAAAGUCAAUGAAGGCUACAGCUGGACAAUGGUGAAAGAGAUGGACUACAUAUGCAGUGGCCUAACCCAGCCCGUCACGUUUCCUGUCAGGGCAGCUUUGGUCAGGCAAUCCUGUUCUCAGUUGCUCUGGCUAUUGAAGAAAUCAAACAGGUACAGCCUGACUAUUUGGACCGGAAAGGAUGACAGUUAUUCCACUGAAGAUUUACUUUAUAUUCGAGACUACUUUAAUAAAACCCAAGUUUUCUAUGAUAUUCUGGAACCACAAAACCAUGAAUUUAAACAAGCCAUUGGGAUCCAAGUCUCUCUUUAAGAAUAUAAGAAUACACUUCUUCUAAAUCA